UCCAUCUCUCUCUACAACUCUCUCUCUCUCUCUCUCUCUCUCUCUCUCUCAAAAGAGAAGAUGGGCGUUCUAGAUCACCUUUCAGAAAUUUGCACUGUGGACAACAAAAGCAUAAGAAACAAACGCAGACCUUGGCAGACUGUGGAAGUGAAGGUGAAAAUGGAUUGUGAUGGCUGUGAAAGGAGAGUCCGACAUGCAGUUUGCUCCAUGAAAGGUGCAAGAACGGUGGAUGUGAACAGAAAACAAAGCAAGGUAACGGUUACGGGAUAUGUGGACCAAAACAAGGUGAUAAAGAGGAUAAAAGGAGUGGGGAAAAAGGCAGAGCCAUGGCCGUACGUAGAAUACAAACUGGUUACGUAUCCCUACGUACAUCAGGCGUAUGACAAGAAAGCUCCGUCUGGAUACGUGAGGAAUGUAGUGCAAGCGCUGCCCAGCCCCAACAAUCCUGUGGAGAAAUACACCUACCUCUUUAAUGAUGAAAAUCCACAUGCUUGUACUAUCAUGUGAGUUACAAAAGGGUCUCAAAUUUCGGAAGUGCAUGCGUAUGUUUGAGUGUAUAUUUCGAAUGUUUGUUUGGGUGUGUGUGUGGUAGGAAUGAGAAAGAGUGAGAAUGAUGAGAUAUAUAAGUUGCUUGGUGUAUUAUCGAAAUGGUUUUGGCUAUUCAGGUUAUCAUGAAAGAA